AUGGAACAUCCACUGGCAAUUGCCAAGGUCAGAUAUUCUAACUUGGCAAUGCCUAGUGCUGAUCAUCAGUUUUCACCAUCUCCAACCAAAAAUGAAACAAAAGAUGAACAAAAGUCACUUGUCUUUGAUGCAUCUUUUCUCCAAAACCAAUCCCAUAUACCCCACGAGUUCAUAUGGCCGGACCAUGAAAAGCCUUGUCCUGAACCUCCUCCCAUGCUUCAUGUGCCUUGUGUAGAUUUGAAUGGCUUCCUCUCAGCGGACCCUCUCGCUGUCUCCACCACAACUCAGCUAGUAAGGCAGGCAUGUCUUGAACAUGGUUUCUUUCUUGUGGUUAACCAUGGGGUCGACUCACAACUCCUAAAAGCAGCCCACAAGAGCAUGGAUUUCUUCUUUGACAAGCCAUUGGAAGAAAAGCAGAGAGUCCAGAGAAAGCUUGGGGACCAUUGUGGUUAUGCUAGUAGUUUCACUAAUAGGUUCUCCUCCAAACUUCCAUGGAAAGAAACACUCUCGUUUAGAUUUUGUGCUGAUGAUCAACAGGCCUCAAACAUCGUCGAAAGCUACUUCUUGAAUGCAAUGGGUGAAGAUUACAGAGAAUUCGGGAAGGUACACCAAAAGUACUGUGAAGCCAUGAGCAGUCUCUCUCUUAGAGUUAUGGAGAUUUUGGGAAUUAGUCUUGGAGUAGGACCGAUACAUUUCAGAGAAUUUUUUGCAGGAAAUGAUUCAAUAAUGAGAUUAAACUACUAUCCUCCAUGCCAAAAACCUGAUCUAACUCUUGGAACGGGCCCUCAUUGUGACCCUACAUCCUUAACAAUUCUUCAUCAGGAUCAUGUUGGGGGCCUUGAAGUGUACGUAAAUGGAAAAUGGCACUCCAUUCCUCCUGACCCUGAAGCUUUUGUUGUCAAUAUUGGCGACACGUUCAUGGCUCUUUCAAAUGGCAUCUACAAAAGUUGCUUGCAUAGAGCUAUUGUGAACUCUCAAACUCCGAGAAAAUCUCUUGCAUUCUUCCUGUGUCCCAAAAUGGAUAAGGUUGUAAGCCCUCCAAAAGAAUUGGUCUCUUCUGAUUAUCCAAGGAUGUUUCCAGAUUUUAGAUGGUCAGCCCUGCUUGAAUUCACUCAGAAACAUUACAGAGCUGACAUGAAAACUCUGGAAGCUUUUGUGAAAUGGCUGAGCACCGAAGGGAUUCUCAAGAUACAGCAACUUAAUUAG